UCAUCUUCAACUUCAAUAGGAAGCUGAUCGGAGCUCGGUACUUCAUCAAAGGCUACGAGGCUUUCACGAAGACGCAUGAUCCGACGAUGCACAAUGCGCGCGACACAGAAGGGCAUGGGUCCCACACCCUGUCGACCGCCGCCGGCAACAUGGUGGCCGGAGCCAAUGUUUUCGGGAUCGGAAACGGAACGUCUAAAGGAGGCUCUCCGAGACCUACAAGGUCAAUGACAGCUCCUGCUUCGACUCCGAUAUCUUGGAUGCUUUUGACGCCGCCCCUCGUCGACGUCAUCUCUCUCUCCGUCCAUCGCUACAUGCUCCUUGCACGCCGUCGCCAAGGGAAUCCCCGUCGUCGCCUCGGGCGGGAACUCCGGCCCCUAUCCAGGCACCGUUGCGCCACUGUUGCUGCCAGCACUAUUGACCGUCGCUUGGGGGCUAAUGUUGCACUAAGAAACGGGUAUGAGCCUGAGUGAAUCACUUCCACGCACCGGUUUUUAUCCUCUUAUUAGUGCUGCUGAUGCUGCAGCUGCC